GUGACGUACAAGUACUGGAAGGGCAUGAUGAGGCCAUGCAAAGAAAAGGAAACGGAUGACUUUCCUUGCAGAGGUUUUCGGGGCAGCAGGUAGCCCUAGUGGUUAGCGCGUCCACCGACCUGGGCUGAAACUGCUGCUUAAGCUGUUCGCUCAAGGUAGAAGACUUAGCCUGAAUGGAUACGGUAAAAAUAUCCCGCUAUAUAAAUGGGUAAACAUUUGUAACGUUGAUUACGGUAGAUGUGGACGAAGGUGUGAGUUGAGCACGAGCGCUCAUGUUCUCUGGGGCGGUCCCCGCGCUGAAACUGGCAACUGCAGCUUACCGAGGAGCUGUUGGUGACUUCGCAGCGUUUUCAGGGGAUCUUAAACAUUUAUUUUUUUUAAUGUUGUCCAACCCUCGGUUUUAGCGUUAUACAGAAAAGGACACCUCUUAUUUGACCCAGUUUAUUGGAGUUCCCAAUAUGCCUCGUUGUGGACUGAAAUGGUCAGCGAUGGCAACUGUAGUGUCACUACAAGGCGUUAUUAUGGUCCUGCUCAUAGGAUGGAAAGGGUGGCUGACUCCGCCCACUGCUGUACCCCGCAUUCCACAAAGUCUCUCAACCCCUCAGGGCAAGGUACACGUGCUGCUGCUGUCAUCAUGGCGAUCAGGAUCCUCCUUCAUGGGACAAGUAUUUAGCCAGCACCCAGAUGUAUUCUACCUGAUGGAGCCAGGCUGGCAUGUGUGGACUACAAUGAGGCAGCCGGGAGCUGUUGCUCUCCAGACCCUAGUGCGUGACCUGCUACGCAAUGUGUUCCACUGUGACAUGUCCUCACUAGAGGCCUACACCCCCUCAAAGCGCAAUGUUUCUCAUCUUUUCAUGUGGAGCCAGAGCCGUGCCUUGUGCUCCCCCCCAGCCUGCCCCCUCACCCCAAGAAAUGCUCUCAGCAAUGACCGAGAGUGUGCAAAGCACUGUGACCAACGUGGUCUGCAGGGAGCCCAGGAAGCCUGCCACAACUACAGCCAUGUAGCUCUGAAGGAGGUGCGUCUUUUCUCCCUGGAGCCAUUAUACCCACUGCUGCGUGAUCCCACCAUCAACCUCCGAAUCAUCCACCUGGUCCGGGACCCCCGUGCUGUGGCCCAGUCCCGAGACCAGGCUGCAGUGUGGCUUAGGCGGGAUGACACACUGCUACUGGAGAUGGGUGAUCCCCGGUCUCCUGACAACCUCUUUCGCAUCAUGAAGGAGAUAUGUAAGAGCCAUUUGCGGAUUCAUGAAACAGCCAUGCGCCAGCCACCGAGCUUUUUACGUGGCCGCUACCGGCUGGUGCGCUAUGAGGACAUGGUUCGAGACCCGGUGGGGGUGGUGGAAGACCUAUACAAAUUUUCUGGACUAAAGAUGACCCCUGAAAUGAAGAACUGGAUUCACCAAGUAACUCAUGGAAAGAGCCGAAAGAACCCUGCCUUCAAGGUUAGCUCGAGGGAUGCUGCCACAGUGUCUGAAGCCUGGCGGACCAAGCUGGCCUACAGUAAAGUGCGCCGUGUCCAGAAUGUUUGCAGCGCUGCCAUGUCCCUGCUGGGUUACCUGCCUGUGGCCAAUGAGCGAGAGCAGAAACAGCUUGGACUUGACUUGCUGGUUCCACACAAACCCAGCCACUUCAGCUGGAGCUCCUCAAAAAACAAAAGUGAACAUGUCAACUAUGGCCAGAUGUGACCCUCAACUGGAGGGAGUGUGGUUUCUAACCCAUACACAUCUCUGGCUUCUUCUGCAAGUUUUUCAGUUUGAAGAGCUAGUGAAGUUGGAGGCAAAGGUUCAAAUAAUAAAUGUAUGUUUAAUUACAGCACAGCGUUCACGUUGACUUUUUAACUUAUUUAAAGUAUUGUGAUUACUGUAAGAUUGUUAAUCAAAAUCUCCUGAAGGAACUGGCAUUAAUUGGGUAUGUGAUAUUAGCUUAAGUGCUGAUAUGUUCAUGAUGUAUUCUCAUAACGUUUAUUUGUGAAACACAGCAGAUUUGCAGUGUUUCAUGCUACUUGGUCAAGUUGUAUUUUUAACUGUGAUGCUUGUAAUUGAAAGUUUAGUUUUUUAGCUGGGAAUUUUUUUUUUAAUAUAAAAAAAGGUUUUCACUCAUUCUGUAGAUAUUUCCCAGGCAGCUACAUUUGUCCCAGCAGACACAAAUUUUAUUUCUGCAAUUAUGAAUAUACUACAUACUGUAAUUGUAAAUGUAAGAAAGACAAACGUGAAAUUCCCUUUGUGCAGGAGUUGGUCAUUCAGUGUCCUUUCGCUUGCUUUUUUUUUGUUAUUAAGUAAAAGUAUGUAGUAAAUUUUAUCCUUAUAUAUACUCAAGACAGUAUCAAGAUUUGCCCACACACUGUUCUUCACACAAAUGAUUAGCUCUCUGUUAUUGAUUAUGUAUCAUAUCUGCUGAAAUUCGUUGUAAUUUGAAGCUUCCCAAUCAUGUAAUACCUUGCACUUUCAUUAUGUUUUGUAUUUUGUUCUAUCAAACUGGACAACCCACUGAUUUUGCCUGCCUCCUCAGCUUAGAGUCCAGAAGUAAACUCAAGUCUGUCUUUCUCUCAGCACAUCGAAGCCGCAACUUGGACCUGCAAAUACAUUCUGUGUAACAUCUGUUAGAUCCACCCCUAUCUAUUUAGACUCUCUGCAACUACUUGUCCAGGCCUUGGUGAUAUCCCGCCAGGACUACUGCACUCUCACCUGUAUCUCGCUUCCAGCUACUGCCAUCAAAUCUGUAAAGCUGAUACAGAAUGCUGCUGCACGAGUUGUUUGAGCUGCCAAAGCAUUCCCACGCAUCUCCCCUCCUUGUCUUUUUGCAUUGGCUUCUUAUAGGUGUCCAGAUCAAAUUCAAGACUGUGGUUACAGUCUACACAAGCAUCAGUGGAACUGCUCC